AAAAAAAAAAAAAAAAAAAAAACAGCUGCCCCUUUAACAAUUUUUCAACAUUAACACACCUUAAGUAUUAAACUGCACUUUUAAUCAUUUCUACACGAACACAUUACUAAGAACACUAAAACUUUAGUCAUACCUAAAGUAAAAACCUAAAAUAAUUAACAACAGCCCCUUUAAAUGUACAUGCACAAACCUUCGUCGAUGAAAAAUUCCCCCUUCAAAAAAAUUCUACACACAAGUAGGCCUACUGUUUCACAACACAUUUCUAUUUUUCCAGCUUUAAGCUCUCUACAGAGCCAGGCUCACCAGAUCCAGCGAAUCACUGGAACCAAUAUGAGUGGCAACAGUAUGCUGAUGGUACAGCAGUUACAACAGAUUAACGACCAGAGUCAGCAAAUCAGGAUGACACAGCCACCUCAACAACAACACCCCCAGCACCAACCACAGCAACACAGCCUAUGCAUGCAACAAAACUUCCUCCAACAACUUCAUAAUGCACUAAAUAACAACCAAACGAAGCCACUACAACCCGUCAGUCAUUUCCAGAUUCAACUGCCUACACAGCAGCAUCAGCAGCAUAUCCCCCAGCAGGUGACGUCACUACAGAACAACACAAUGGUCUCGGCUCCACUCACGAUGACCACUAUGACGACGGUAAAUCCAGCACAAAUAAGCCAACUGCAGCACCACAUGAUGGGAGCGAAACGUAUGGCCAAUGGGGAGCUGAAGUCCAUUAAAAAUUCAGGUAAGAUUACUUUGUACAUUAUACUAAAUUAAAUUAUCUUACGCCUAAUCUAA